CAUGUGUAAUGUUUUUCUUUUCAUCGUUUUUAUAAUGAAUUGAUUCCUAAGAAAUUCUUAAUGGAUACAUACUGAUUCCGGUGAUGAAUAAUGAACAAGUGCCUCAUUCUCGAUGAGAAGUAUCAACAUCAUCAUCAACAACAACAACAACGUCGUCACUAUAAUCAACAGCAACAGCAGUCAAAUAAUCAACAAAAUCAUCAUCAUAAUCAUCAUCAUUAUAGCAGCAUCAACAGCCACGAUCACCAUCCAAAUCAUCAUCAUCAUCAUCAUCAUCAUAAUAACGACCAACAACGACGACAGCGAGAAGAAGAAGAAAAAGAUCAACGACAUCAACAACAGCAUCAAGAAGCUGAAAUUGAAACUCGGCAACAACAACAACAACAACAACAGCAGCGACAACAUCGACGACGUGAACAAGAACAUCAUCGUGAAAAUACUAAAAAAGACAGCGACGACGAAGAAAAUUAUAUUGAAGAGUUAGCAGAGCUGAUCUCGGCAGCAGGCAAUUUUAAUGAAAUGAACUCACUAUCGGUCAAGCCGGACAAGUGUGCCAUAUUACAGGAGACUGUUAAACAGAUACAGAACAUCAAUAAACAAAGUAUAGAUCUCACAACAGAUGAUCUUCAAGCAUCGGAAGUCUCCUCAUCAAAACCCAACAUAUUACCACCGGAUCUAAAUUCAUUGCUAUUGGAUGCAUUGAAUUGUUUCCUAUUCACAUUGAAUGCCGAUGGUUAUGUUGAAUAUAUUAGUGAAAAUGUUAACCAAUAUCUUAAAUUCACUCAGAGUGAAGUAAUUAACAAGUCAAUAUUUGAUAUUUUACAUCCAGACGAUCAUCCACGUUUCAAUGCAUUAUUAUUGCCAAUGGCAAUUGGCAACAAUGGAAGACGACUAUCUUCUAAUAAUAAUAAUAGUGUUAAUAAUUCUCAAUGUUGGCCAUCAUCAACAACGGCCAGUAAUAACAUCAAUUCUGGCACAAACAAUAACAACACCAAUCAUCAUCAUCAUCAUCAUUAUCCAUGUUGGAUCAAUCGCAGAUGA